CCAAAAGAGAGUGAAACUAAAAAGAGUGCGAGCACUGUGUCCUUCAACUUCUCUUUUAGAGGUCUAAAGCUACAAAAACAGCAGACAUGGCUUGUGCGAGAAGUCUGACAACAGUGAACAAUUUCUCUUGCUCCAUAUGUCUGGAUGUCUUCACUAAGCCUGUAGGGAUUCCCUGUGGUCACACCUUCUGCUGUGCCUGCAUCACAGGCCACUGGGACACCAGUAAACCUGUAUUCCACUGUCCACUGUGCAAAAAGGAGUACUUGAAGAUACCAGAUCUCUGUGUAAACACGGUCAUCGCUGAUAUGGUUGAAAAGGUGAAAAAGGUCAGUCAAGAAGAGCCUCAUGACACCCCUGAUCAAGCAGGAAGUGCAUACAUGCUCUGUGGUAUCUGUACAGAAAAGAAGCAGUUAGCCACCAAGUCUUGCUUAACAUGUUUCAUGUCUUACUGUAAAGCACAUCUGGAGCCUCAUCAGAGAGUUUUAACCUUAAAGAAACACAAGCUGAUUAACCCUGUCGAGGACCUUGAGAGCAGGAUCUGCAAGGAGCAUGGUGAGCCUUUAGAGCUGUUUUGCAAGAAGGAUUUCCUGCUUCUAUGUGAGGCCUGUGUAGACAGUGACCAUAAAAAACACAAGGUGGUGAGUGUGGAGGUGGAGGCUGAAAUGAGGAAGGACCAGCUGGGACUAGAAAAGAAGGACAUAGAUCAGAUGUUCCAGGCGCAUCAGCAGAAGCUCCAAGAGAUCCAACACUCAGUGGAGGCCAGCAAGAAGAAUAAAAAGAAAGCACUGGAAUACAGCAACCUUGUGAUGACUGAACUGGUGGACUACAUCAGGAGAAGCCAAGCUGAGCUGAAUGAGGUCAUUCAGAGGAAGCAGAAAAAGAUUGAAAAAGAGGGGGAGGGCUUCAUUAAAGAACUGGAGGAAGAAAUGGUCCAAAUAAGGCAGAAAAACUCAGAGCUUGAUCAGGUCUGUGGCAUCGACGACCCCUUUGAAUUCCUUGAGCAUGCCCUUUCUCUUACUUUCACUCCUCCACUGGUUAAGGACUGGUCUGAGGUGACUCUUAACAGUGACCAGUUCACUGUGCAGGAAACCUUGGUGAAGCUGGAGACAACAGUGAUGAGAGAGAUCAGGCUGCUGUGUGAUCCUGACUUGAAGAGAAUGCAGCAUUAUGCUGUGGAUCUGACUCUGGAUCCUGAGACAGCACACCCUGCCCUCAUUGUUUCUGAGGACGGGAAAGAGGUCAAGUGGGAGGACAAGAAGAGGAAUGUCAAAGACCAGCCAGGCAGGUUCGAUCAUGUCCUUAAUGUCCUUGCCAAAGAGAGUUUUAACUCUGGGAAGUUCUACUUUGAAGUCCAGGUACAAGGGAAAACACAGUGGGAUCUAGGAGUGGUAAACGAGUCCAUCAACAGGAAGGGUGAUAUCAGACUGAGCCCCAAGAGUGGAUACUGGACCAUUUGGCUGAGAAAAGGAAAUGAGUUCACAGCCAAUGCUGGGCCUGCGAUCAACCUCCAUGUGAGGGAGACACCUCAAAAGGUGGGGGUGUUUGUUGAUUAUGAAGAAGGACAAGUUUCUUUCUACGAUGUUGACUCCAGGGCUCGCAUCUUCUCCUUCACUGGAUGUAACUUCACUGAGAAACUUUAUCCAUACUUCGGCCCCUGUGCUUUUGAGAGCGGCAAAAAAUCACCCCCACUGAUCAUCACUCCCAUCAAUUGCAGCAGAUAAGUUAUUUUUAUUUGUUGUUGUUGUUUGUGAAGGACACACAGUGAGGGGAUUUACAAUAUAAUUUAAAGGCAUCUUGAAACUCCAGUGUGUCAUUCUGUUUCUCCCAUCCAUCAGUGUCAGCGCUGCUUGUGACAGUGUGUCGCCUGUCAUACAGACAGCGUCAAAUCUGCAAGACACCCACCCCUCGACCACACACACCUCUGAUGCAGCCAGUUUGAGUUACGCAAAUACAUCUUUGAGGUGGUCAUUCAUUUUCGUAUUUGAAAGCUGCUUUUGUCUGUCAAGUUAUUUUAUAUCCUUUUUUAUGCUGCUUGCAGUGCUACGCAUGAAUGCUGCUUGUUCUGACAUGAUGCAUGAUGUUGCUGAUACUUACUCAGGUGUAAGUCAGUGUUAUUGUGUUUUUGAUACUUUAUGAUUACAUGGGAUAAACCUCAGGAGAGAAUAUUUCAGGGUGACCUUAAUACACAAUCAGUAAUGGAAAUGUAACCAGCACUCCUGAGUGAUGACAUAAGACUGUAGCCAGAGUCCGUGCACUGUACUCUGUAUUCUGCACAACAUAAAAUGUCUAUUCUCUAAUAGUAUGCAGAAACAAUAAAGGUCACUCAUGAAGAUGAUA